AUGAAGAAGCUGUGUGUUUUCACUAUUUCCUUCUUGCUCAUGACAUUUUCUCUCUUCUUGUGCAGUUUGACUGGACCCAGUUGCUUUUGGCGUAUCCAGAAUAAUGAAGAUAAUGAUGGAGAUUUGCAUCGUGACUGUGGUUUUUUUCUUUUCACAUCUGAGGAACCUAUAAAAGAAGAUUUUUACCAUUUUUGUAUUGAUUUUAGAAUACCAGCAAGGAGAUAUGAGGUUUUUUUGGUAAUGUUUUUUGCUACUGAUGAGAUCAACAGGAAUCCUUAUCUUUUACCAAACAUGUCUUUGAUUUUCUGCCUCAUUGUUGGCAUGUGUGGAGAUACAUUGGGAUACCUGGAAGAAACACAUUCACCAAACAAUACUUGGAAUAGUAUUAAUUAUAACUGUGAAAUAAGGCCAAUAUGUGAUAUAGAACUUACAGGGCCAUCAUGGACAACAUCCGUAAAACUGGCAAUUAAUUCUAGAAAACCAAAGGUUUUCUUCGGACCAUUUAAUUCUCACCUGAGUGACCAUGACCAGUUUCCCUAUAUCUAUCAGGUAGCAACCAAGGACACACAUUUGUCCCAUGGCAUGGUCUCCUUGAUGCUUCAUUUUAGAUGGACUUGGAUAGGACUUGUCAUCUCAGAUGAUGAUCAGAGUAUUCAGUUUCUCUCAGACUUGAGAGAAGCAAUGCAAAGACAUGGAAUCUGUUUAGCUUUUGUGAAUAUGAUCCCAGAAAACAUGCAGAUAUAUAUGACAAGGGGUAAGAUAUAUGACAAACAAAUUAUGACAUCAUCAGCCAAGGUUGUUAUCAUUUAUGGUGAAAUGAACUCUACUCUAGAAGUCAGCUUUAGAAGAUGGGCAUAUUUAUGUGCAAGGAGAAUCUGGAUCACAACCUCACAAUGGGAUGUCAUCACAAAUAAAAGAGAUUUCAGCUUUGAUUUCUUCCAUGGGACUGUCACUUUUGCACACCACAAUGGUGAAAUUGUUAUAUUUAGGAAUUUUUUGCAAACAGUGAACACUUCCAAGUACCCAUUAGACAUUUCUCAGACUAUGCAGGAGUGGAAUUAUUUUAAUUGUUCAAUCUCUAAGAACAGCAACAGCAAAAUGGAUCAUUUUACAUUCAACAACACAUUGGAAUGGACAGCACUGCAAAAAUUAAACAUGGUCCUGAGUGAAGAAGGCUACAAUUUGUAUAAUGCUGUAUAUGCUGUGGCCCACACAUACCAUGAACUCAUUCUCCAACAAGUAGAGUUUCAGAAAAUGGCAGAACCCAAAGGAAUAUUCACUGACUGUCAGCAGGUGGCUUCCUUGCUGAAGACCAGAGUAUUUACUAACCCUGUUGGAGAACUGGUGAACAUGAAGCAUAGGGAAAAUCAGUGUGCAGAUUAUGACAUUUUCAACAUUUGGAAUUUUCCACAAGGCCUUGGAUUAAGAGUGAAAAUAGGAAGCUAUUAUCCUUGCUUCCCACAAAAUCAACAACUUCAUAUAUCUGAAGAUUUGGAGUGGGCCACAGGAGGAACGUCUCCUCAGGUUCCCACCUCCAUGUGUAGUGUGACAUGUACUGCUGGAUUCAGAAAAAUUCAUCAGAAACAAACAGCAGACUGCUGCUUUGACUGUGCCCAUUGCCCAGAAAAUGAGGUUUCCAAUGAGACAGAUAUGGAACAGUGUGUGAGGUGUCCAGAUGAUAAGUAUGCUAACUUAGAGCAAACCCACUGCCUUCAAAGAGCUGUGUCAUUCCUGGCUUAUGAAGAUCCACUGGGGAUGGCUCUAGGCUGCAUGGCCCUGUGCUUCUCUGCCCUCACACUACUAGUAUUUUUCACUUUUGUGAAGUACAAGGAUACUCCCAUUGUGAAAGCCAAUAACCGCAUUCUCAGCUAUAUCCUGCUCAUCUCUCUAGUCUUCUGUUUUCUCUGCUCAUUGCUCUUCAUUGGACAUCCCAACCAGGCCACCUGCAUCCUACAGCAGACCACAUUUGGAGUAUUUUUCACAGUAGCCAUUUCUACAGUGUUGGCCAAAACAAUAACUGUGGUCAUGGCUUUCAAGCUCACUGCUCCAGGAAGAAGGGUGAGAGGGAUGUUGGUAGCAGGGGCACCUAACUUGGCCAUUCCCAUUUGUACCCUAAUCCAAAUUGUUCUUUGUGGAAUCUGGUUAGUAACAUCUCCUCCUUUUAUUGGUAGAGAUACAAAAUCUGAACAUGGGAAGACCAUCCUUAUUUGCAACAAAGGCUCAGUCAUUGCUUUCCACUUUGUCCUGGGAUACUUGGGCUCCUUGGCUCUGGGGAGCUUCACUGUAGCUUUCUUGGCUAGGAACCUUCCUGACAGAUUCAAUGAAGCCAAGUUCCUAACGUUCAGCAUGCUGAUGUUCUGCAGUGUCUGGAUCACCUUCCUCCCUGUCUACCACAGUACCAGGGGAAAGGCCAUGGUAGUUGUGGAGGUCUUCUCCAUCUUGGCUUCUAGUGCAGCAUUGCUAGGGUUUAUCUUUGUCCCAAAGUGUUAUGUUAUCUUAGUUAAAUCAGAUUCAAAUUUUCGGGAGAAGUACAAAAAUAAAUUUCAUUAUUGA